AUGCGUUGUUGGUGUGGAAAAGGGAAUGAUACCAGUGUGAAGACCGUUGGAGUUUGUGUUAGAAAGGAUCGUGUUUCGCCUGCGUCUAGUACUGGUGUAUUGUUGAACAAUGCUGGUUUUGAUUACAAUGUAACUCGUGACCGUCAAUCCGCAAUCAUUAUGUUUUGUCAUCAACUGAAUUUGAGUGUAAUGAUAAAUGCUAAUAAUCCAGAUGAUGUUUUAUCUGGUCAAAAUGUAACACUAGAUUCACGUGAUAUCUACUUGUUUUCGCCUUAUCUCGUUACAAAUGGUCGAUUUUCUUCACUUACAGAUUGGCAACAAAAAGCUGUUAAAUGUUUCAAUAAAACAAUUGAACUUGGUAUAAAAGUUGCAUGUCAAGCAACAAGUAAUUCUACCAUCGCAGCAACAUUUAAUAUGACAGAUUUAUUUUCUCAAGCAUGGUACGGAACAG